UAAAGCGGUUUGCUCAAUAAUGUAGGCAAUGCAAAAAAAAUACCAAGUACGAAAAAUUAUAAAGUAGCUGCUGUGGUUAAAAGCUCUGGAAAUAAACCAGGUUUCAUUAUUCAACCGAGACGAUAUCAAGCCCCUUACCUGCAAAUAAUGCUUGGACUGACCAAUCAGAUUGAAGAGCCCAGCCAAACUGCCAUUUUCAAUGCCAAACUGUGCCAAUCAAAAGACUGCUAACCAAUUGGCGCCCGGACUUGUGAUCACGUGCCACGGAGGCAGCGCGCUCCUUAUUGGGUCUCGUAGGGCUGCCUCCUGAGUUCAUUUAUGUGAAGGAGUGAGUGAUUGAUUUUAUCAGAGCAAGGACAUCACUCAGUGUGAGAGGGGGGGAAAGUUUGAUCCUCUUUCUUAAGGAUCACGGUUGCGGGACUUUUUUUCUCCACCGGUACUGAGAAAGGUGAUUUUUGCAUUUGCAAGUUGUUGGGGUUUUUUUCACCCUAUUGUGAUCACAAAAAAGAGAGUUACAAUCGCAGAGUGCUUUUUGCAGAACUCAAUCCGGGUUUUAGAAUUUUUUUUUUGGUUUCUUCUCGUCGAGUUCCCGAUGACGAUGUUGCUUGACAGCGGUCCGCAGUUCUCUGCGCUUGGAGUUGGGGGUUUUGGCACACCGCGGCAUCAUGAGAUGGGCAGCAGGGAUGUUGGUCUGGCACUCAAUCCCUUUGGCGAUUCUUCCCAUGCAGCGGCUUUCAAACUCAGCCCCGUGGCUCACGAAAUCUCCUCCAGCCAGAACUCUGCGUUUACCCCGCAGGCAUCUGGGUAUGCGACUGCCCUUGGUCACCACCACUCUGGGCAGAUGGGUUCGUACAGCGGCGGGGCGUUCAACUCCAGAGACUUCUUGUUUAGAAACCGUGGUGCUGGAAUCGGGGAAUCUGCAGCUACGAGCGCCCAGCAUGGGAUCUUUGCCCCUUCAGCGGGGAGUCUGCACGGACCUGGAAUCGCCGAAAACCCGGGGCACCUUUUAUUUCCAGGGCUUCACGACCAGCCCGCCAGUCACACUUCGCCGAAUGGACACGCAGUGACCAGUCAAAUGCAUCUGGGUUUGCGCGGGGACAUAUUUGGAAGACCAGACCCUUACAGACCCGUUGUGAGCCCGCGGACAGACCCCUAUGGCACAGCCCAGAUGCACAACUAUAACCACCCGAUUAAUAUGAACAUGGCGAUGAACGUGCCGCCGCACCACGGACCGGGGGCAUUCUUUAGGUACAUGAGGCCGCAUGUUAAGCAAGAGAUGUCCUGCAAAUGGAUCGACGAGACCCAGAUGAACCGACCCAAAAAGAGCUGCGGCAGAACGUUCAGCAGCAUGCACGAGCUGGUGACACACAUCUCCAUGGAGCACGUCGGCGGACCCGAACAAAGUAACCACAUCUGCUUUUGGGAGGAUUGUCCGAGAGAAGGGAAAUCUUUUAAAGCCAAAUACAAACUGGUGAAUCACGUCAGAGUCCACACGGGAGAGAAACCCUUUCCCUGCCCCUUCCCCGGCUGUGGAAAAAUAUUUGCCAGGUCCGAAAACCUGAAAAUUCAUAAAAGAACUCAUACAGGUGAAAAACCAUUUAAAUGCGAAUUCGAGGGCUGUGAUAGACGCUUCGCAAACAGCAGUGACAGAAAGAAACACAUGCAUGUGCACACUUCGGACAAACCUUACAUCUGCAAAGUGUGCGACAAGUCUUACACGCACCCAAGCUCGCUCAGGAAACACAUGAAGGUUCACGAGUCUCAAGCCUCAGAAUCGUCUCCAGCGGCAAGUUCGGGGUACGAGUCAUGUACACCACCAGCUCUUCUGUCUGCCAGCACGGAAGACCCCACAAAAACACCACCGUCCGCAGUACAAAACGCAACAGUGCACAACGACGGACUUCCACCCAACUUUAAUGAAUGGUACGUUUGAAACAGAGCACACAGGACUCUGAUGUGUACCAACAGGAAGAAACCUCAAAAACUACAAGCGCGCCAGGGGGCACGAAGGGGAAUGGAUAAAGGAGCCGCAGAUUUCAAGAGUUGAAAAUUGAGUUUCGGUGCGCAGGACAGGAGUUCUGGACAGGCCUUUUUACAUUUCUCAGGAUUAGAAAUCGACUUGCAUUCGGAGUAAAGAUGGGUUUCCUUUUUUAGGUUUGAAAGUUUAUCUUCUUUUCAUUUUAUUUUUUUUUUUUUUUUUUUUUUGUUCGAAAAGGAAUUGUAAAAGGAUGAAUCGUUCACGGUAUGUUCAAUGAGGGCGGUUCUCACGUCGCCUUGUUGUUAAAACGUCACACAGUCUUAAAAACAAAACGUGCCAAAGUUUUUUUUUUUUUUUUUUUUUUUUUUUUUUGUUGUCUUGAACAAAAAAAUUAAUAAUAAAUAAAUAUAUGCUGGUGAAUGUAUUCCUUGUUCGAUGGGGUCGCAUCUGUUGUUUCGUGUACCUUUUCAGGAUGGAAAUGUGGUAUUAUUAGAAUAAGACUGUGACCGUUAUACCGUUGCCUUUUGUAAUAGCUUUGUAAAUACUUAUCCAUGAUGCCAUAUUUAUCAAUUUGUAAUUUAAAUUAUCGCCAUUAAGCUCCGAGACUGAAAAUGAUAUUUAUGGAAAAUGUUUUCUAACAAAACGAUGUACAGUUUUUGGUUAUAACCAGCUUAACAUUAAAAAUUCUCAAUUUUAAACAUCGCACAUUGC